UCAUUCGCUACAAAAUUUAUUGAAGUAUUAUAAUAUAUAUUUAUAUAUAUUAUAGAUAUUGACAUAAUACCUGCACGUCCCUCACACCGACACACCGGCUCUUUACUCUUGAAUCUCUUACCAGUUCCUGAAGUCCCUAUUCAGUUAGUGAAGUUCAACAGACGUGUCUAAUUAAGUUCUUUAUCGCCAAGCGGAAUUGUGUGGGGCCAGUCGAUACAACAAGACAUACGAACAGUACGCAUGUCAAUCCAAAAUCUCAACGUUUUUGACCCGUUUGCUGAUGCAAACAAGGGUGCUGAUGAUGACGUUCAAGAUGGGCUUGUUCACAUAAGAAUUCAACAGCGUAAUGGUCGUAAAACAUUAACAACGGUUCAAGGUCUAUCAUCUGAAUAUGAUUUAAAGAAGAUUGUACGAGCUUGCAAAAUGGAGUUUGCGUGCAAUGGUACAGUGGUUGAUCAUCCUGAAUACGGUGAAGUGUUACAGUUACAAGGAGACCAACGAGAAAAUAUUUGCCAAUGGUUAACUAAAUGUGGUCUUGCCAAGUCUGAUCAACUAAAGGUUCAUGGUUUCUAAUACUUUGUAUUACUAUAUUACUCAGUCAUGAAAAUUACAAUAAUUUAAAAAUUUAAAACAUGCAUUAAUAAAUUUAGUGU